AUGCCUGCAGAUGAUGCAGUGAACUUCAAAUCGGUUGGUAAAAAACUAGCUGAGUCUCUAGGCACCUCUGUUUAUUCUGUCGACUUGAGAAACCAUUCAAAGUCCCCCCAUGCUUUUCCCUCGGACUAUCUCACAUUGUCCAACGACAUCUACCAUUUUUUGCUCAAGAGAGACUUGCAACAUGUCAAUGUUAUUGGCCAUUCCAUGGGUGCAAAGGUUGCCAUGACUCUUGCUUUGGAGCACCCUGAUAUGGUUCUGAGUUUUAUUGCUGUCGAUAAUGCUCCAGUCAGAGCUAGGUUGGAUUCCUCUUUUUUCCACCACUUGAAGGUAAUGCAGAAUAUAGAAAAUAAUCUCAAAAUACUUAAAAACGACCCCAAUUGGUUUAACAAAGUCAUGAAUGAAAUCUCAAAAGAGGAAGAAAAUCACUCAUUAAAAUUGUUUUUGCUAUCUAAUUAUACCAAUCAAGCUACUGAGUAUUUCAAUGAUGAAUACUGUCAUUUUAGAAUACCAGUCAAUGAUCUUGAUCAAACGCUUAUAGAUGCUGGUGAUUUUCCAAUUGACCAUUUUAAAAAUGUCAAAUAUAACAAUCCAGCUUUGUUUUUAAAAGCAAAAGACUCUGAUUUUAUUACUUCUGAUUCUAUCGAUUCAAUCGAUCAGUUCUUUCCCAAUAAUGAUUUAAUAACCUUUGAUACCUCCCAUUGGCUAAUCACAGAAGCUCCGGCUUUAUUUCUAAAGACCUCAACAAAGUUUUUUAAUGAUCUAACGUUGAACAACUUGAAUUGAAAUUUUACCUUUUUUUUUUUUUAUCUCUCUCUCUCAUCAAAUAAGUUUUCAUCCAAUUACACACUUGGUAACUCCAACUAUAUAUACUACGAUCAUUCAUUAACUCGAUAUUCUCAAAUUUUAUCAAUAGAAAUUUUAUCAAUAGACAUAUUUUUAC